GGGGGUCACGUGACGCUGUAUUAGCUCGCUGACUCUGCUAUGUUUGUCGAUUGUGUUAACGUUUUAGAAAUGUCGUUAAUCUUUCUCCUGUCGGUGUGUGGUCGUCGAGGGACGCGCCGCCGGUGUCUGAGCAGCCGUUUUCACCGAGUCCGGUCGAGCUGUUUGACUCGGAAAACGCCCGCGGUCGGCCCGCGCGUCACGUGACCAGCAUGCGGCCGAGCGUUUGAUUGAGGAAAAAAAAAAAAAAAAAAAAACAAGAUGGCGUGAGCGCGGCGGAGCGAAGAGGAUAACAAACCGCCCGAACUACCGAGCGCCGCCGAGCGACAGCGAGAGCCGGAGCCGGAGAUAGAGACGGCCGUUGGAACUACCGAGCGCCGCCGAGCGACAGCGAGAGCCGGAGCCGGAGAUACAGACGGCCGUUGGAACUGUCGAAUGGAUCCUGGACAGGAUUUACUUCUCGCUGCCCUGAGUGAGAGCGGCAUUUGCCCUAAUGAUAUUGGCCUAUUUGAUGUUGAUUCUCAGGAUGUUGCACAGCCCUCUACAACCCAGCAAUCUAUCUCCAUCAGUGCCCUGGAUGUUGGCGUGGGGACAGAGUCAGUGGACGUUGUUCGAACUGAGCCUCCAGCUCCUGUCCCUAUAGUUACUAUCAGGCACAAACCUCAGCCAUCAACCACCACGUUUGUCUUAAAUCAGCUGAAUCAGUUGCCGUCACUAGGAUCUGCCGUGACCAAACAAUCAGCAACCAACAAUAUCAAACAUACCAUAACUGUCACCAAGGUGGUCCAUGUUGCUAAUUCAGCCCUGCGAGGUUCUUCCACCCCCUCCACCACAAGUAUUCCUCCUUCAGUGUCCACAGUAGUGCCUUCUAACAGAGAUCAGCAGAUUCAGUUGAAAGACCUCCUUAGGACCAGCAAUGUGAAGGGCAACAGUCUGAUGGAACUCAUGAAGCUGAAGCCUCCACCUGACAUUACUACACCAGUAGCAACGGCGACAGCAACAGGUGAAAUGAACAAUGGAAUCAAGAAGGAAGUAUUGGGUAAAGAUCCUGCCAGGAUCUGGAUCAAUGACGCCAUUAAAAUGCAUAACUUCUCACAUUCUUUGAAACCCCCUGGGAUGAAGGAGGAAGAUGAGCCUGAAGAGGAAGAGGAAGAUGAGUUGGGCCAUGCAGAAACUUAUGCGGAGUACAUGCCAAUGAAAUUAAAGGUGGGUCUACGGCAUCCUGAUCCUGUGGUGGAGACCAGCUCCCUGUCCAGUGUUAACCCUCCUGAUGUGUGGUACAGACUGUCCAUCCCUGAAGAAACCAUUGAUCGUGGUUGCCUGUCGGCUCUGCAGCUGGAAGCAAUCACAUACGCAGCUCAGCAACAUGAGACGUUCCUCCCGAGCGGCGAUCGAGCUGCCUAUCUCAUCGGUGAUGGAGCCGGUGUGGGGAAAGGCCGAACCAUUGCAGGGAUCAUCUAUGAGAAUUACCUUUUAGGCAGGAAGAGAUCACUGUGGUUUAGUGUCUCAAAUGACUUAAAGUAUGACGCUGAAAGGGAUUUAAGGGAUAUAGGAGCCAAAAACAUCCAGGUUCACUCACUGAACAAGUUCAAAUAUGGCAAAAUCUCCUCAAAACACAAUGGGAGUGUGAAGAAAGGUGUGAUAUUUGCCACCUACUCGUCCUUGAUCGGAGAGAGCCAAUCAGGAGGGAAGUACAAGACCAGAUUUCAACAGCUUCUCCACUGGUGUGGGGAGGACUUUGAUGGAGUUAUUGUCUAUGACGAGUGUCACAAAGCCAAAAAUGUGUGUCCAAUUGGAUCAUCCAAACCUACAAAAACAGGGCUCGCGGUGUUGGAACUGCAGAACAAACUGCCCAAGGCUCGGGUUGUGUAUGCAAGUGCUACAGGUGCCUCUGAACCGCGAAAUAUGGCCUAUAUGAAUCGUCUGGGCAUCUGGGGGCACAAAACACCCUUCAGAGAGUUUUGCAACUUCAUCCAAGCUGUUGAGCGCAGAGGUGUUGGCGCCAUGGAGAUAGUUGCUAUGGACAUGAAACUAAGGGGGAUGUACAUCGCAAGGCAGUUGAGUUUUACAGGUGUGACUUUCAAGAUUGAGGAGGUUCCCCUGACCCAGAAGUACAUAAACAUGUACAACAAAUCUGUGAGACUGUGGGUGAGUGCACGUGAGAAGUUCCAGCAGGCUGCAAACCUGAUGGAUGCAGAGCAACGCAUGAAGAAGUCCAUGUGGGGCCAGUUCUGGUCUGCUCACCAGAGGUUCUUCAAAUACCUCUGCAUUGCCUCCAAAGUCCGCAGAGUGGUCCAGCUGGCUAGAGAGGAGGUCCAAAAUGGAAAGUGUGUGGUGAUAGGUCUUCAGUCCACUGGGGAAGCAAGAACACUCGAGGCCUUGGAGGAAGGAGGCGGAGAGCUCAAUGACUUUGUGUCAACUGCAAAAGGUGUGCUGCAGUCGCUGAUUGAGAAGCACUUCCCAGCUCCUGACAGACAGAAGCUUUACAGCCUGCUAGGUAUCGACCUCUCAGCUAAGAAGACCCCCUCUCCAAGUGAAACUGCAGCCCAGCCAGAACAGAAGGGGAAGAAAAGGAAAGGUUUAGAGAUCAAAAAGCAGCAGAAAAAGAAGCCUCGCAAGCACGGCGGCCUGUCGGGCACCAGCUCGGAGGAGAGCCAGUCGGAGGAGUCGGACAAAGACAGUGACGACAGCUUCAAAUCUGUCAGCUCAGCGGACGAAGACGACGAUUUCAACCCGUUCAGAGACGAGUCCGAUGACGACGAGGAAGAUGAUCCAUGGCUUAUCAGAAAGGAACCAAAGAAAGGGAAGGAGAAGAAGAAGAAAAAAAGAAGGAAGAGUAUUGAUCCAGACUCCAUUCAAAGUGCCUUGUUAGCCUCUGGGCUGGGCUCCUCCAGGCCUGCUUUCACUGCCUCUGUUAUUCCCCCGAGCGCACCUGCCACAGUCAAGCCAGAGGUUCAGGAUAGUUGCGUAACGAGUGAGGACGCAGUGGAUAGUGCCCAGAAAAUGAAGAGAGAUCUGCUGGAAAAACUGGAGGAUCUAGCUGAGGACCUCCCUCCCAACACUCUGGACGAGCUAAUAGACGAACUGGGAGGUCCCGACAACGUAGCUGAGAUGACUGGUCGCAAAGGUCGUGUGGUCAGUAAUGACGAUGGCACCAUCACUUAUGAAUCUCGCUCUGAGCUGGACGUCCCCGUGGAAAUCCUCAAUCUCACAGAGAAGCAGAGGUUCAUGGAUGGAGAGAAGAACAUUGCCAUCAUCUCAGAAGCUGCCAGCUCAGGUAUUUCCCUGCAGGCCGAUCGUCGAGUGAAGAACCAGCGGCGGAGAGUCCACAUGACACUGGAGCUGCCGUGGAGCGCAGACAGAGCGAUACAGCAGUUCGGGAGAACUCACAGGUCGAACCAGGUCACCGCUCCAGAAUAUGUCUUCCUCAUAUCGGAGCUCGCAGGAGAGCAGAGAUUUGCAUCCAUUGUCGCCAAAAGACUAGAAAGCUUGGGUGCUCUCACUCACGGAGACAGAAGAGCAACAGAAACCAGAGAUCUCAGCCGGUUUAAUUUUGACAACAAAUACGGCAGAAACGCUCUGGAAAUUGUGAUGAAGUCCAUCGUGAAGCUUGAUUCUCCGUUAGUGUCUCCCCCCUCUGGCUUUAAAGGUGAUUUCUUCAAAGAAAUUCAGGGUGGAUUAAUAGGUGUGGGCCUCAUAAAUGUGGAAGACAGAUCCGGCACACUUUCACUGGACAAAGACUACAACAACAUCGGCAAGUUCCUGAACCGUAUUUUGGGUAUGGAGGUCCAGCAGCAGAACGCCUUGUUCCAGUACUUUUCCGACACGUUGGGAGCAGUUAUUCAGGAAGCCAAGAAGAAUGGCAGAUAUGACAUGGGCAUUCUUGAUCUGGGCUCUGGUGAUGAGAAGGUGAAGAAGGUAGACUGCAGGAAAUUCCUAACACCAGGCUAUACCACAUCAGGACACGUGGAACUCUACACAGUGAGUGUGGAGAGGGGAAUGUCGUGGGAGGAAGCCACGCAUGCUUGGGCAGAUCAGAACGGAGCAGAUGAUGGCUUCUAUGUACAGAUGAGGAACAACAAGAAAACAGCCAUACUGAUCAAAGAGGUCAACACCAAAAAGAGGCUCUUCCUGGUGUACAGGCCGAACACCGGCAGGCAGCUCAAACUGGAGACGUACGCAGACAUCAAGAAGAAGUUUAAAAAGGUCUUGUCAGAAGACGCCAAGCAGCAUUGGAUCGACCAGUACAAGUCGUCAGCGCAAAUCUGCUCUCAUGCAUAUUGGCGGGGGAACUGUAAGAAGGCGUCGGUGGGUCUGCAGUGCGAGGUCGGUCUCCGGUGUAGGACGUACUACGUUCUGUGUGGCUCGGUGCUCAGUGUGUGGAACGAGGUGGAGGUCGUACUUACUCCAGUCAGCGGAACCAACGUGAAGGUGCAGAUUGUCCGCCUCAGAACGGAAGAUGGACAGAGGAUAGUCGGACUGAUCAUUCCAGCGAACUGUGUGUCUGCUUUAAUUAACAAGCUCUCCACGUCGGACCAGUGCCAGCAGCUCGCCGUGCAGGAGCAGCAGAAGCGGCAGCAGCUCCACCCCCAAAGUUUCAGUCACGCACCCAACACAUAGUGCCGCACCCGACUGCUUUGCGGGCGUCGAUCCCAUCUCCACCCCCUCGAGUUCGCAUCCCAGUCUGAAGGGAUUAGUCUCUAUCUCUGCACUGCAGACUCCAGGACCUUGUUCUGCACCCUCACGCCCCUCCUCCCCUAAUGUCUCCGAGGGUCAGAGGUGUCACACCAAGCUGUGAUGAUUCUCAGAUGUAAACAGUGGUUGUACAGAGAAAAGAUUUCAGGGGUUUUCUUCUUUUUCUUGUUUUUUGUUUUUUUAAUCUUCACCUAGAGAGGUUUGGUGGGUGAUGUUUUGUCCUCUGACAUUCAGAGUGAAAAGAUUUGUGAUAUAUUGAUCAGACAGAGUGGAAACCUAGAAGAGGGCAUGUCGGCCCGUGGCACUCCCUCAACCAUGCUUUAGGCUGUUCAGUCCUGACUACCUGGUAUGAAGCAAAGACUUCUGCUUUCCUGGUUCAGACUAAAGGUGGAUGAGACGAAGACCAGUGUGUCUUUGGAAGUGUGAGAACUACCUUUAAAUUGUGAAAAAAGAAAAUAAAAAGGGCAUUUAAUGCUGAACUACAAUCGGAUAUUAAUAUAUGAUAAACUGUCAGUUUGUUGCUCCUCCUCCGUUACUCGGGACCGACGUAGAGAACGAGACGGCUCUUGGAAGUAGAAUAAGUGAUGCAGAACAUUAGUCCAGUUAAAUACAGGAAACAGAUAAUGCUAGUGCUAAUUCUCUGGUUCCUUGCAGCUGUUUAAUGUCUUCACUGUCAGAUUCCACAAAGCAGUUUCUCUCGUCUUUGUUUUUGCACAUGGUUGUCAAACUGAUCAAAGUCCCUCGGUCCCUUUUUUUUUUUUAUUUCAGUUUUUUGUUCCUCGCCCAGAUGGAAGAGGUGGAGGAUAAAAUCUACAGUCUUUCUGUAAAAAUAUUUCCUAAAAGUUUAUCUGAAGCUGCUCUGAGGCUUCUGUUAGACACGUGGAUAUCUUCCAAAGUUACGGCCUCUUUUACGUUUCCUCGUUCAGCUGAAGUAGAUGGACAGAAACUAAAAGGGUUUUUGUACUGAAACAUUUCCACUCAGAAGGUCUCGUUCAUGUCAGAUAAACGAAUAAGAAUUGAGGAUUUUGUCUCCCAUCGCUUACGUUGAAAGGAUUGCAUCAAAAACUGGUUUAAGACUGGCUGGCUGAAAAUGUGUGAACUGAACCUUUAACAGCAGGAAUUUUCCUCAGUAUCAGUACAAACUGCAGUCGGACACCUUUCCUUUUACAAAAGCACUAACUUUGUCAGACUGGUGAAAGACAGCAUCAGCUGUCUGGUGGUUUCUAUUUAAAGUGCACAAAAGUAAGAAAAUGUUUCCCAAAGAUAAAUAUUGAAACAGUAAAAACAGACACUUUAAUUCUUCCUGUGUAACAUGAAUAAAGCAGCAUUGUAUAUGGUUUAUAACUCACUAUAAUGUAGUUAUAGGCAGGACAUUUACAGCCGUUAGAACUCCUCCUGUGAACAGAUGUUUUAUAUUAUUCCAGCUGUGUGUUACUAUAUUGUCAUUAUCUGUUUAUACAGCAGCAUCCAGUAAUGGGUGCCCGCAGGAGGAGUUAGAGCUCUUUAUAGUGUGUUAUAAAGCAUUAAGUGAAUGUUUAUAUACGUGCUGGAAUAGUGUUAAAGCCAAGAAAACGCUAGCUUGUUGCUUCCCCCCCCCCGACUCUACGUGAAUACUUACUUUUAAUCCCACCUUCGGUCUUUUAACUCGACUUUGAGUAAAAGCGAGACCGGACUCGGUGUGGUUCAGAGGAAACGGGAACGUUCAGUGAAGCAGCCCGAGAGAAAAUGUGACGAGCAUGUCCGCGGACAAAGACGGGAGCAGUCUCCAGCGCCGUGCUUCUGAUUGCUUUUUAAUUAUUCUUUUUUUUUUUUUUUUUUAAUGGAAUUCUGCUCAGGGGUUAAACUCGUACAAAGACCCUCUUUGGAAAAUCUUUAGAGUUUUACAAAGUAUGUGAAAUGCAUGCCCAUAACUCAAACUGCUCUGUAACGUUAGCUCUGUGGUUAGCUGUUAGUUUACAGCUCCUAUCCUCACAGUACAUGUUCCCCAAAAAACACAUCUCUCUUAAUUCCUCUGUUUCCUUUUUGAGCCGAGUUGUAAUUUAAAAAAUGGGUGAUUUAUUAUUAUUUUUUUGCUUCUGUUGAAUAGUGUCCUCAGUCCUUCACUGCUUCCCACUAGAUCUGCACUGGAAGGGACAGACCAAAGUCCGGAUACAUGAGCUGUCCUCUUUAUUGCUGAUGAUUUAAAAUACAGGAUGUGUCGCUCAGGCUACAUCUUUAACCUGUGGAUUAGUUUGUGUUUAUGUAACCUCUUCUGUUCUUGACUGACACAUUUACAAAAAAAAAAAAGCGAAAAUAGGAAGAAGUCUUUGUAUCAUACCAAUGUGCGUUUUGUAUACUUUGUAAAAGGAUUCUUCUUACAUCUCAGCCGUUGGACCGAACUGGGAGAGGCUUCGCUGGGAGGCUCUCUUAAUUGAAAGUCACAUCUUUUAACUUGAAUGUCCACCAUUAUAUAAGCCAACAACUCAUCUUUUUUUUAUUAUUUUGGUCUUUUGAGAUGUCGCAUACACGGGCUGCCGACUUGGUGACUUUUUUUUUUUUUUGAAUGCCGUAAAAGUGUCGCAGCAGAUCGGCUCCUCCGAAGUCGAAAACACUUGAAGGACUAAUGUUUUUUUUUUUUUCCUCUCUUCCUUUUAUCGUUGCACGAGUUGCACUACUGACAGAGUUGUACAAAUAUUCAACAUGACCUGUACAUGAAUGAGUGCAAUGCUCAAUAAAGCUUGGUAUACUUCUA